GGGUCCUUCAGGUAGGAGGUGCUGAGUGACUUUGGACGUCCGUGUUAUCUCCCUGUGGAGACUGCGAAGUCCCGGGCCUUUCCGCUCUGACCCGAGGUUCCUGCUGUCAAGAUGCUGCGCCAGAUUCUCGGCCAGGCCAAGAAGCACCCCAGCCUGAUUCCGCUCUUCGUAUUUAUUGGAGCAGGAGGGACUGGAGCUGCACUGUAUGUCAUGCGUCUGGCUUUGUUCAAUCCGGAUGUCAGUUGGGACAGAAAGAACAACCCAGAACCCUGGAACAAACUGGGUCCCAAUGAUCAAUACAAGUUCUUCUCAGUGAAUAUGGAUUACAGCAAACUGAAGAAAGAAGGUCCAGACUUCUAAGUGAAAUGUGUCACUGUAAAGCUGCUUAGAAUGAAGGUCUUCCAGAAGCCAACCGCACAAUUUUCCACUUAACCAGGAAAUACUACUCCUCUAAAUGCAUGCAAUCAUGUUGAUUUAUUGGAGCUUAUUACACUGAAUAAUAAAUAUGUGAAACUUGAA